GCAGGAAAUGUUCCGCGUUUCGAGAUGUCACUACUCUGCAGGAUUCUUUUAUAAUCUUUUGGGGCUCUCAGGGGUGAGGCUUUUGCUCCUCGCCUUUGUCAUAGCUGUGGUUGUCACCAGUGACAUUACUUUGGGCCCCAGUGUUGUCUUUCCGUUGAUUCUGUACGUUCACUUCCUAUCGGACAUGGUGUCCGACCAGGUUGGAAAUGCGCUGAUAUAUGGUGGUAUGGGCUAUACUACUGUGAAGCGUGUUCAGGAAUGAGACAAUUUGGUUGUGGCAGGGGAUGAGGAGACGUGCUGUUUUCUACACGGUGAAAGAAUUGGGUGCUAAACUGAUGAGCUAUCCAGCCAUUGUAGUCUAUUCCAUCACCUCAAACUUUCUCGAUCCCUUGGUUAUAUUUCCGUCAGUUGCCAUAAUGGCGGCCAUUCGCGCAGGCAUACAGAGGGUCGGUCGUGGGGCUGAGUGUUUGGGAGAGCUCUUAUCAACUGGGUUCAGGAUCCAGGAGUUUCUGCUCCUUGAAGAGUUGGGAAGCGACACGUGUGUGGAGCAAUCGUUUCCCGAAGGAAAGAACAGGAAGUGUGGUGUUAUUGUUGACAAAGUUACAGCCUCUUGGGAAAAGGAGGUGGAGGCACCUACAUUAAAAGAAGUCAGCUUUCAGCUCACAGAAAAUAAACUCUUGUCUGUGAUUGGUCCAGUGGGAUCUGGCAAGUCUUCUCUACUCAUGGCCAUCUUGAAGGAGCUCCCACUCUCUAAGGGCAGCAUCAAAAUCACAGGGAAGAUCGCAUAUGCCUCUCAGCAAGCCUGGAUCUUCUCUGCCAGUGUCAAACAAAAUAUCAUAUUUGGGCAAGAGUUCAACAAAGCCAAAUAUGACAGGGUUAUUAAAGCAUGUGCACUCACAAAGGACAUACAGGCGCUUCCAAAUGGUGACAUGACCUUGGUUGGUGAGCGAGGGGUCAGUUUGAGUGGAGGUCAAAGGGCAAGGGUCAGUUUGGCCAGGGCUGUGUAUUUUGAUGCUGAUGUCUACCUCCUGGAUGACCCCCUUAGUGCUGUGGACACUGCAGUGGGAAGACAUCUGUUUAACCAGUGCAUCAAUGGCUGCCUGAAGGACAAGCCCAGGAUUCUGGUGACACAUCAGCUUCAGUAUGUGGAGGCCUCUGACCAAAUCUUGAUACUCAAGGAGGGAGAGAUGGCAGGGUUAGGGACCUUCAGUGAGCUUGUCAGCAAAGGUAUUGAUUUUGCAUCACUGUUGAGUCCAGAAGAGGAAGAGAGGGAUGAGGGAAGCACCUGUACCGAUCCAGACAUUCAGUUCACAGUAGACACUCCAAAACUGUCACACAAGCCACACCUAUCAGUCUCUCAUCCACAACUGCCAAUCAUUGAAAAACUGAGAGCACAGAAUGACUUGGCAGUUUUGAUGAAGGACCAGAAAAAACAGGGCAGCGGUGGCGUCGGUGGUGGUGGCGGCAGUGUCGGAUCUAGUGCUGGUUCGAGUCGGAAAACCAGCCCACGUUCUUCAGGCGAUCGACUCCAUGUUGUCCCCACGGAUGUUCAGUUGAGUAAGUCCCACCCCAACAUUGCAGCCUGGAAGCCAUUGAAGAAGAACGCCUUGCAGACUGCUUCCACAUACUCUUUGUCUUCCAAAGUUUCCUUGGCUAAUGACUACAAUCCCUACCUCUCCGUAGGGAAGUCCAUGCUGUCCUUGCAUAGUUUUAUGGAUAUGGACCAGCCUGACUAUGUGCCAGCGCAGGAGGAGGAGCAACGAGCAGAGGGAUCCGUGGGCUGGAAGAUUUACAGGGACUACUUCAAGGCUGGGGGAGGGUGCUGCGUGUUCCUGUUGCUCGUCACACUCAAUAUUCUAGCUCAGGUGGCCUACGUGAUGAGUGACUGGUGGCUGUCAUACUGGUCAAAUCAAGAAGAACACAAGGCAUCUCUUUCUGCUCGACACCAAUAUCUUCUUGAGCAGGGGUACAAUGUCACCAACAUCACAGUUCCCAACGUUGACACAAAUUUAAACAUCUACAUCUUCACGGGACUGACCGUCAGCGUGUUUAUGUUCGGGCUGCUGCGCGCACUAAUGUUUUUCAAAGUUUGUGUCGAUGCUUCCAGGAACCUUCACAACAAGAUGUUCCACAGUAUAAUACGUGUGCCUGUCUAUUUUUUUGACACUAAUCCUGUAGGUCGUAUUCUGAAUCGUUUUGCCAAGGACACGGGACAAAUGGACGACUUGUUGCCUGUUACUUUCUUUGAUUUCACACAGUGCUUCCUGAUGAUCCUGGGUAUCAUAGUGGUAGCGGGCGUGGUCAACCCCUGGGUAUUCAUCCCUACAUUGCCUCUGUGUCUGUUUUUUGUCUACCUCAGAAGAUAUUACCUGGCCACUUCCAGGGAUAUUAAAAGACUGGAAGGGACUUGUCGUAGUCCCGUCUUCUCACACCUAAGUGCCACACUGAAUGGCCUGUCCACCAUACGUGCCUACCAUGUGGAGGAACUGUUCGGGAAAGAGUUCAACAGCCAUCAAGAUCUCCACACCGAGGCUUGGUUCCUGUUCCUGGUCACCACCAGAUGGUUCGCUAUUCGCCUGGAUUGGAUCUGCGCCUUUUUUGUCACCACGGUCACCAUGGUCAGCAUAUUGGCACGGGACAAUCUUGGUUUGAAUGCUGGACUUGUGGGCCUGGCUGUCACCUACUCCAUGGCAUUGAUGGGAAUGUUCCAGUGGGGAGUGAGGCAGAGUGCUGAGGUGGAGAACCAGAUGACAUCAGUUGAGAGAGUACUCGAGUAUUCGAGAUUAACCCCAGAGGCCCCCCUGGAGUCAAACAAGAAGCCCCCACCUAACUGGCCGUCACAUGGUAUCAUCACCGGGGAGCAGGCUUCAUUUAGAUACAGUGUAUACACACCAGCAGUGCUAAAUAACCUUCACUUCUGCAUCAAGUCUAAUGAAAAGGUUGGCAUAGUCGGUCGCACAGGUGCUGGGAAAAGCUCACUGAUCAACAUGCUGUUCCGUAUGGCGGAGCCCCAGGGUGUCCUGAGGAUAGAUGGCGUUGACAUCGGGGAGAUUGGUCUCCAUGAUCUCAGGGGAAAGAUUUCGAUCAUACCUCAGGAUCCUGUCCUGUUCACAGGGACAGUGAGAAGUAACCUGGAUCCAUUCAACGAGCACAGCGAUGAUCAGCUGUGGAUGGCACUAGAGGAGGUUGAAAUGAAGAUACCAGUGGAUGACCUGCCCCGGGGACUGGAAUCCGAAGUGACAGAGGGGGGAACAAACUUCAGCGUGGGGCAGAGACAGCUCCUCUGUUUAGCCAGAGCAAUAUUAAAGAAAGCCAAAAUCCUUGUUAUAGAUGAAGCCACUGCCAAUGUUGAUAUUAGGACAGACAGUUUUAUUCAGGAGACAAUUAGAGAGAAAUUUGACCAAUGCACAGUAUUAACUAUCGCACACAGACUUAACACUGUCAUGGACUCCGACAGGAUCAUGGUCCUGGAUCAGGGCAAAAUCAGGGAGUUUGAUGAACCAUACACACUUUUACAAAAUGAGGACAGCUUUUUCUUCAAGAUGGUGGAACAGACAGGCAAGCAGGAUGCUGCCACGCUCAAGGACAUGGCGCGUCAGGCCUUCACCCACCGCCAGCUGUCCAGAAUAGAUUCUUACGUUGGUGAGGAAAGUAAAGGUGACAAUUCAGUGGAGGGGUCUGACGGUCCAUCAUCACAGCCUGAGAUUACCUCUGGUGACAAAAUGGCCGAAUUGCCUAAUGGCAAGAUGGAUGACCCACCAGGUGGCAGUCAAGUAGAUUCCAAAGAGAGGAAAAAAGAGGGUUCUCCAGCCAGUGAAAAAGAGGGUUUGCCUGGUGGUAAAAUGGAGGAUUUGCCAGCAGACAGUUCUAGCAAUUCGGCUGGGGGAAAGAUAGAAGAAAAGCCCAGUGGUGAGAGGAAAGGCUCAUUAAGCAGUGAAGAGGGAGAGGAGACAAGGUUGAUUGUGCCAAACCAUACGAAUAAGGACACUGUUGACUGUAAUGCUCAGUCAGUAUAGCAAUAUUUUUAAAUUAGAGGUAACACAAUGAAAUGAUGAAUAAUAUAGUUUGUUAAUGAGAUACAUCAGUGUUGCUCACUGUGUAGUUGAAAAGUUAAUGGUUUAUAAUACAUGUAUCAGUCAGUAGUGCAUUACAUGUAGUUUACAAUUAUUAAUAUUAGUGUCUACACCACUUUGGUGAACAUAUAAAUGAUAUGUAUGUUCACCCACAUGUAGGCAGUGUAAGAACAGUAUGAUUUAUGAACGAAUAGCAAUAAUAUUAGUUAUACAAAGGGAAAUUGAUACUUUCAAAG